AUGGCAUGUGGCAGCUCCGUCGACGAGUUUGUGCAUUACCGCGGCGAGCUGCAAAACGUGCGCUGGGAGGAGUCGCCGCUCGCCGGAAGCGCUCGCUGGACCGCGCUCCGCGCAGUCGCGGGCGGUGGUGCGCCUGCGCCGGCUGGCGCCAGUGGUGGUGGGUUUAGUUGCGGGUGGGACGACGUGGACGACGGUCCCGCGGAGGACGAUCCGUCGUGGCACGCCUUUGACGAGCUGCGAGACGCGGAGGAGACCUCCGGCAAGCCCGGCGCGGGCGGCCGCAAGCUCACUCGGAAGGAGCGCGAGAAGAAGCGGGAUGAGGAGCAGCUGCGCGAGGCGCGCGAGUCGAUCCGCAAGCGCGGGUGGACGGAGAACGAGGUCAAGUGGCGCUCCUGGCUCGCGCGGCGCGGCCACGACGUGAUGGUCAACGACUGGAACCUCUACCGCCACAUCGACGGCGAGUGCACUCCGCCCUCACGCGACCCGUUCUGGCUCAACGCAAACGACAAGCCGCUCCCCGACUACGAGGCGGGCAACGACGGUCCGAACGAGGAGGCGGAGCCGCCGAUGACCAACCUGAUGGGCGAGGUGAUCAAGCCCAAGUACGAGCCGCCGCGCAUCCGCACCCUGCCGGCGCUCUGGUCGGACGUCGACGGCGCGCGGCUCGCGGAGGAGUGCCUUGGCCGGAAGGCGGAGGCGUACUGCUGGCGGCAGACGACCUCGAUGGUGUACCUCGAGGUGCGGGUGCCCGAGGGCACGCCCGCGCGCGACCUCCGCGUCGAGAUGCGGCCCUCGCACCUCCGCGUGUCUGUCGGCUCUGCGGCGCCGCUGCUCGACGAAGAGCUGCACAUGCGCAUCUACGUGGGCUCGAACGCGGACGACCAGUCCUCGGUGUGGGAGCUGCAGGACCGGCGCUGCCUCGUCUUCCACCUCGUCAAGUGGCACCGGCUCGAGGCGGGCAACGUGCGCGACGCCUCCCGCACCUGGUGGAGGCAGUGCUUUGCGUCGGAAGAGCCCUUCGAGAACAAGGUGCCGACCAACGCGUACUACGACACGCGCAAGGAGGAGAGGAGGUGA